AUGUCGUGCAAAGCAUUAAAAAGUCGUGUUCUUCCUCGGAAGCAGCUGGAGCCAUUGAAAUUUGGCGUCGCUUACGCACGGGUCGUGUACAAGGAUUACGAAAUUUUAGAAGACGAGCUCAGAUCCAGCUACCACCCUCAGAACUAUUUCUGCUAUUCUGUUGAUAAAACAGCUGGAGAUGAGUUUACGAGACGUAUAGCAACACUUUCAAAGUGUUUACAGAAUGUACUUGUUCCCGUAGGAGACCAAGUGCAGAAGGAGCGACAGAUGAAUGACGGUACACUCGUCAUUCGUGAAGAGGUUCCGUCGCGAAAUGUAGGCGGUGUUGGUUUUGUUGUGCACCCAUCUGUCGUCCAUCCCGUCGAUUCUCACGAGAUCCUGUCACCUCGUGCCUGGCCAUUCUUCGCCUCCGCCCUCCGCGCCCUCAGUAUCAUCCACUGCUACUCACCAACAUCAACAGCUGAUCAAUCCGAAUUGGACGCGUUUUACGAGGAGCUGGAGGAAGCAAUCCAAAAAGAGAAGUCCUUCUACAAAUUCGCUGUCGGAGACUUCGACGCAAAACUAAGAAAGGCUACAGGAGAGGAAUACAGGAUUGGAAGAUUUGGACUAGGAGACCGAAAGAAAGGAUCCCAGACCUCGCGAACCGUUCUUAUCCAUAAGAAAGGUGGCCGAGAGGACCUUCAGAACUACCGUCCGAUAUGCUUGCUGAGCGUGUUAUACAAAGUAUUCACCAAGAUCAUCCUCACACGCAUAUCUAGGACGCUGGAUGAAGCUCAGCCUCAAGAACAAGUACAGUACGAUGUAAACCGUUAUGGAAGCUACAUGAAUCAUGCAUUUUACGAAUGUCUGAAGCUCUUGAUCACCAAGCAAGAAUGGCAGUACGUUCUGCUGAUGCAGAACCAUGACAUCAUGAUUAAAUCGGUCUACGAAACCGUAACAAUCUUGGAUAGCUUGGGAGGAGCGAAUGAUGUUCAUGUGAAGCCGUGUGAAGAAGACCGAUGGAAUCAUUCAGCCAAAUGGGACGCGUCAUCAUUGAAAUUUUAUCACAACGGCAAGUGCAGUGAAUCAGUGGCUACGCAGGCACAAUUAAAAACGAAUUUAACCAUUGCGCGAGGUGCAGUACAAGCUUCACUGUCACGUUCUGCUGUUGACUGGAUGGUGAAUGCUGUCAAUCUUACAGGACUAUUGGACCAACUCAACACAAAUGUGUUGGGUGUAGACGAAGUUCUCAUACCUACUCUGCAAGUCAGUGAUAUUUUCGACAUGCCUGGGAGAUUUACAGGUGAAUGCGUUACAAAGGGUGCCAGCGUGGGCUUUAUGAGCAGAGUUGCACUUUGGGAACCGAGCAAAGGUUGUCAUUCCGGCUACUUCCGGCAUUCUGUAUGUGUCUUCGGUAUAGAGGACUUCGCCUGGCUACCAAGAAGUCCAAGACUCAUGGCUAACAAGAUGAUGCCAGAUUUUGACUACGCUGUCGUCGACUGUGUGCACGAGCUUCUCUUUAAUCGUACGCACCUCAAUCAAGACGACCAUCCGCUGAACUUGACAUUUUACGAAGAUCUGCCCUACGUUCGCUACCACAAAAAUCGUUUGAAGCCAAAUCCGGACUUCAAGUUAGUCUGCAAGUAUGGAAUACCAGGAGACCUUUCACUUGCCUACAGAAAUAUUUCGGAAAGGAGUUCAUUAGUGAAUUGUACACGAUAA